AUGUCCAACAUUGUCAACGGGAGGUGCUGGCCGCAGACGGCACUGCCGGAGCCCCCAAUCGUACAGAAUGGCUCAUUCAAACUAGCGACUCACGAUAUCGGAUGGAUUGUCUCGGGCGCAUUCAGUAUCGUGGCGGUGUUGGUGUCCUUCUGGCUCAUCUGGCAGCACCUUUCUUGGUACACUAACAGCGAUGUGAGCUCAGAUACCGUACGCAUUCUCCUCAUGGUUCCUAUCUACGCCGUGAUUACGUUCGGCUCCUACCUCUAUUGGAAUCACUCCACUGCACUCCUACUCAUUCGAGACUGCUACGAGGCGUUCGUCCUGACGUCAUUCUUUUACUUGCUCUUGAACUACCUCUCUCAUGACCCUGAGGAGCAGAAGGAGAUUUUUCGUAAGGUCGGACUUUCCAAGGAGUAUGAUCGGAUAGCGCGAAGACGAGGCCAGCCGCCGUCACACUGGAUGUUCCCUAUGCAGUUCGUCCAUUGGAAGCCAGAGGACGGCCUGUACUUUUUGCAGCUCAUGAAGUGGGGUGUACUGCAGUACUGUGUCAUCAGACCCACGACUACGCUCGUUGCUGUCGUCCUCAACUAUAUCGGUCUGUACUGCGAGGAUUCUUGGGGUCCAGGUUGGGGCCAUGUAUAUAUCACGGUCGUCAUGUCCAUUUCGGUGACAAUUGCUAUGUAUUGCCUCAUUCAGCUCUACAUGCCUAUCUCAGAGUAUCUGGCACCGCACAAGCCCAUUCUGAAGCUUUUUGCGGUCAAGGCCGUCGUGUUCUUGACGUUCUGGCAAGCUACUCUCAUCUCCGUCCUGGAAACUUUCAACGUGAUCAAAGAUACCGAGUACAUGACUGCCGACAACGUCGCCACGGGGAUAGGUGCAAUCAUGGAGUGUGUUGAGAUGACACUCUUUGCGCUCCUCCACAUCAAGGCGUACACCUAUAUCGUCUACCGCGACCCAGCUGUACCGCGUCUCUCGCGCUGGCGCGCUCUCAUGCAUGCGCUGAACUUCAAGGAGACACUUGUGGAGCUGUGGAAGGGGUGCGUGUACAUGGCGCGCCAGACGAGAGGGCAUGAGACGGAUAGGCAGGCGAGGAGAGGGGCAGUGUAUGAGGGCGUGUUCGGCAAGUCGAGGUGGGAUAUGGACCAUAAGGAGGGGAAGGCAGGUAAAGAGAGAGAUGGUAAGGGUGGGAAGCAGACGAAGGAGACGUUGGACGUCGGGAUGGAGGUGGAGGAGGUGAUGCACGUCGAGGGGGAGAGGCAAUGGCUCGGCUUGGGCGAUGAGUAUGCAUAUGGGAUGGGGUAUCAUUCGAGGAGGAUUAGGGAGAAGAGCGAUGGGCUAGAGGAGCAGAUCGACAAAGAGCUCACCACGAGAGGGUAUCGCAAGCGAGUUAAGGUCCGCCCUAGUUCGGGUGCGUACGCACCCGUCGGCCUGCACGAUGCCCCGCAAGCCCACUCGCGUACGCGCGCAUGGUGGCGUGACGUCUACGCGCGCAUUUCGCGUACAAGCACAGACAAGGACCUUGAUCCCGAGGCCGAGCUUGCGCCCCAGGACACGGCGAGCCCACCAACCAAGUCAUUCAAGAGGCUACACGGAUACCACAUCGCACAGAUGAGCCUCGACGACCCGCCUCCGCAGUCCGCCAUCCGCGAGUAUCGAGACAGCCAGCGCUCGCGCAAGCCACCUCCCCUGACUAUGUUGCAUGGGCUAGUUGCGCUUGAUCCAGAGCCGCCCUCGCCACCCAGUGCAAUUCGGAUGCCCCCUCGCGCCUCUCCGCCACGCAAGCCCGUGCACACUCCCAGCGCUCCAAUCGACCCGCUCGAUUUCAGGAACUCGCGGGACUCGCAAACUACCGUGCAGACACAGAGCCAGAGCCCGAGGUCGCUUCCGCGCAGGCCGUCUGGACCACGCUCGCCCCGCGACUCAGACAGCUUCCUCGGGCGUGCAUUCACGAACCUGCCAGAGCCGACGACAUCCGUCGAGCAGCUCAGCACCGGCCCGUCCUCUUCGCAGUCCCAUCGUACGCAAGUGCGCCUCGGCGCGGAGCCCAUGCUGGUCCCACGCACGGUGGAUAAGGUGCAUGCACCUGUGUUUGAGUCGGCGCCGGCUCCACCAGAGAAGGCGGUGUCGCCGGUGGUGACAUCGCCGAGGAUGAUGCAGCAUAGGGCGGAGCGGCCGCGGAGAAAGGAGCCCAACUUACAGGGUGUCCCGGAGGGCGCUGCGCUUGGGCCUGGUGCUUCGGUACAUGGAAUGCUAAACCGCGUGCGCGAACGCAGGAUGUCAAGUCCGCCUGGACAGCUUGCGUCGUCGCGAGCGCGUCGUCCGUCCCGCGCUGAUGAGCCGAAGCGGCGAUCCCUUGGAGGACCCAUGUCGCCUGUGCCCGCACCGUCGGCGCCCAUGUCGCCCACGUCUCCGGGGCGUGUAACUCGAUAUACCCCGCGCGGCGUGCCGAUCGUGCUUCCGGCGCCGCUGGCACUGGCUGCUGGCCGGGACUCGUCGUCGCCGUCAACAUCACCGCACAGAACUCCCUUUUCUCCUGGUCCGCCCGGUGCUCCAUUGGAAAUGAGUAUUCACGACGCGACAUGA